AUGCAAUUUCUCUCCACCAUCCUCGCCCUGGCAGCCACCGCCUCGGCCGCCACCCUUGUCCCUCGCCAGCAGGCCUUUUUCGUCAACGACUUCCAAGCAAACUGCACCGAGCACAGCGUGAAAUGCAGCUACUCGUUCGACAUCACCUCGGACUCUACCAAGGGCACCAAGUGCGAGACCGAGCUCAACGGACCCGACAAGCUCCCGGAGGUCAAGCAGGCUGCGUGCGAAGGCGGCAUGUGGAAGUUUGACGUCAAGCCCCGGGACGGAGGCCUCUACCUGGCCGCCUUCCUGCCCCUCAACAGCCGCACGACCCAGGACUACUGCCACAAGAUCCCUGCCGAUCAGAUCACCACCAGCCCCAGGAACGAUUCCGUCCAGGUCCAGAAGUACACUGGCCCGACUUCGUUCCAGGUCUCCAUCUUUGACUGCGACAGGUCGUGA